AUGACAGAAAGACUGAAUAAAUUUAUUGAAAUUCUUUCAAAUCCAUUAGAUUUUCUGAGUUAUAGAUAUAUAACCAUUCCAUCUCCAUCUCCAUCUCCAUCUCCAGAUAAUAUUUUACCAAUUGAUAUUACUAAAACUAUUAAACCACCACAAUUCAUACCAACAAUUCAUGAAGCCAUUAUUCAUUUAAAAUUAUUAAAAGCUUUCCAAGUCAUGAAAAAUAAAGUAUUAAUUAAUUAUGAAUUAAAUGAUGAAUAUCGAGAAAAAUAUUGGCAAAGUUUUAUUACUUUAGCAGUAAGACGAUUUAUUGUAUUUAUUUCAGCAAUACGUGAAAAAAAUUAUAAAAAUUAUAUUAAUAGUGAAGGAAGAAAUAUAAAUUUUAGAAAAACAGAAUUACAAAUAUUUAAUGAUGCUAUUAUUACUACUACUAAUGAUAAUGAUAAUCAAAAAUGGUUUAUAAAUAUGAUGAAUGAUUUAAUGCCACCAUUAGAUGUAAUUAUGGUAUGGCAUUCAUUUUUAUUAAAUCCGAAAACUUUUUAUGAUACUUGUUUAAGAAAUAAUGUAUUAAAUUUUGCUAAUUAUCCUUUACCUUUAUAUAAAAUUAAUCAAUUUAUUGAUAAUUAUACUUUUGAAUUUAAUGUUGAUUAUUCCAUUAAUCAAAAAAAUUAUUUGAAUUUAAUUAAAUCAUUCACUAAUGAUACUACUACUACUACUAAUGAUGAUAAUGAUGAUGAUGAUAAUGAAAGAGAUAUUAAUCAAUACGAUAUCGCUACCAAUUUCUCAUUAAAUAAACAAUUAGUAAGAUUUUAUUGUCCUGGUUGUAAAAAAAUUUUAACUGAUUGGAUAAAAAUUAAUGAUAAAAAUCAAAUGGGAUUAGCUGAUAGAAAUUUAAGUGUUAGAACUUUAAGAUCACAAUCUUUUAUAAUAGAAGAUGAUUUAUCACCACCACCACUACUGUCACAACCUUCAAAAAAAUGUGCUUAUACUUGUCCUUGUAUUAAUAUUUCUAUGAUAACUCAUGAAUCACUUAGAAUACUUCAUUUGAUUGUUGAUGCAAAAAGAAGAAAAAAUAAAAAUGAAAUUUAUCCUUUAUUACCAGGGAUAUACAAAUAUUUUUCUCUGGUUAUUUGUAAUCCAAAAUACUCAUCAAAAUCUCCAAUAACUCUUAAUAAAAAUAUUUGUCAAGCAAUUGAAAAAAAUUAUCUGGUGGAAAAAAAUUUAAUCACUAUAAUAAAUGAUAUACUUAUAAAAAAACCUACAAAAAAACCUACAAAAAAACCUACAAAAAAACCUACAAAAAAUAAUAUUAAUAUUAAUAUUAAUGAAAUUAAAAAAAUUCGAAUUAUUUUAAGAAAUUAUCUUCAAUUCAAUUAUAUUAGUUCUACAGUGAAAAAUGGAAUUGAAAUUGGUGAAGAUUUAGUUGGAUGUAUAUUAAGACAAGAAAUUUUUUGGGAAAAAAUUAAUCAAAUUGAUUGGUUACAUUCACCUUUAAUUUAUGAAAGUUUAAAAGAAUCUUUAAUUCGUUAUAAAAGAUUUUAUUCAAUGUUAACUACUACUAAUAAUAAUAAUAAUAAUAAAUAUACAAAAGAAAUAUUAUUGGUUCCUACUUUAGAUAUUGAUUUAAUAUGGCAUACUCAUCAAUUAUCAAUGUAUGGAUAUUUCCAUGAUUGUUUAACUUCAUCUUGUCAUUAUGUUAUUGAUCAUAAUGAUAAAAUUGAUAAUAAUAAAUUAAAUGAUGGGUUUUCAUUUACAUCAAAAAAAUAUAAAUAUUUAUUUAAAGAUAAUUAUUCUAUUUGUUAUUGUCAAUAUUGUACAAAUUAUAGAAUCAAAUAUACCACCAAUAAAAAAUUUUUAAGUUUAUUUCAAACGAAAAAACAACAAUUACAACAACAACAACAACAACAACAACUUUUAAAAAAUAAUCCAUUAUUUGAUGGUGAAAACCAAGGUGGUGUGACUCAUAUUAGUAAUCAUAAUUCAAUUCAAAUGCCAACGAAAAAAGCCAUAAACAGACGUGAGAAAACCCCUAUGCCUUGGGAUGAUAACAACAACAAGAACAACAACAAGAACAACAAUGUUAAUAAUAAUAAUAAUAAUAGGAGAGAUGGUUAUUAUGUGGUUGUACCAUAUGCUCCUAUUGAAAUUGAUCAUUGUCAAUUCUAUGGUACUGGAUUAUGUAAUUCUGUGAAUGCUCAGUGUGUUAGUGAUUCAGGUAAAUGUUGCUCAUUUGGAGGUUCAGCUUGUGUUACUGAUAAUGGUCUGGCUUGUGGAGGAGAUAAUGGAGGUUGUAGUAGUUGUGGUGGUGGUGGUUGUGGUGGUGGUUGUGGUGGUGGUUGUGAUUAA